AACAAGUUAACUUAGUUUCUUUGUUGUCUCAACACAAAUCAAUUGUGUGGAACCAAGCAUAUUUUUACAGUGUGUCCUAAAGCUUCCGGUUUAAACGAAAAGCACAUUACAUAAAAGAGUUUUGCGCAAUCCCAUUUUUAAUUUAAAAUAUUCUAAAAUACAACUUCAUAACUUCAGUAGAUUUAGAAACUCUGAGAUUCAUAAAAUUUAGAUUCACAACAGUUUUAACCAUGAACAUCCUGUCGCAUAAUGACAAUGCACAGGUGCAAAUAAGAGCUGAUGCUGUAAAAAGAGCUGAUGUUGUAAAAAUACAGCUUUAAAUCACUUGUGAACAUUGUUGUUAAUGUUUAAUUCAAAGGCUCUGAAUUAAUAGUAAUAGCACAAUAAUGAUAAUAAUAAUGUAAAAUCAAAUUAGUUCAACUUUAAAAACACUUAAACAUUAAGCACUGAAAAAUCUCGUAUAUUAAUCUUAUGCAAAAUACAUACAAUAAGAAAAUACAUACAAAUUACUCAGAGUUUGAAGCAAACUGUGCUGGGAACCAGAAGCAAGCUUGACAAAAUAGUACUCUCAGUAUUUAUUUUAACUGGACUGUUGAGUCAAAAAAAGGCUUUUUUUUUAAAUCACUGGUAAAAUCUAAAUUGCUGUACACUGUCAACUAAAAAGUGGACAUGGGUUAGGUUUUCCAGUCAAUUAUGUAAAUAAUAUUCAGUUUCUUGCACUAUUACUAUUUCUAUUACUACUACUAUUUCUAACUAACUUCUUUUAGUUCUCUUUCCACCUCUAAAACUAAAUGAGAAAAAUCACUAAAAGAUUCGAAUGAAACUAAUCAUUCAUUCACAAACUAGACAUUGCUAUAUACUCAAUGAUUGUGAGAAGAUACCAAUGACCUUUGGGUCUCACGCAAUACAAUGUUUCAUGAGCAAACUACUUUGUUACUGUUACAGUGAUUACUCAGACUUGACAUCUCCAUAGGGCAGUUCUCCUUUAGAGUUCCUUACAGGUUUGGAAUAAAUAAUAAGUUCAUUUUUUCUGGUUGAACUUAUCAGAACAGUUCUUGUGUCUCUUAGAAGUUGUUUAAUUUCCUACCUAACAUGAGUGAAAGUUUCACCAUGUCAAUUUACUUUCAUAGCAUCCCGUCUCGCUGUCUCAGUCAAUGAAACUACAUUAAAUUUGUUCAUGUAAACUUUUUGCCGUCACCAUGAACACAUCCUCCACCCUCGUGUCACCCACAGGUGAUGUGGAGUUAAUAGCUCACCGUUCAAUGCGUGGGAGAGUUGUGUCUCAUUACACUCGUCAACUUCAUCCGGUACAAGAGGCUUUUCUAGUGUGAGACUUCAGCUAUUUGAGCAUCUGGAGGAGCAGGCAUGGAUACAACGCGCGCAGCAAGAGCGCACAUUCUCUGCACAUCGAUAGCUCUGCUCCUCGUUUUAAUCGCAUCAUGUUUGACCUACAUCUUCUUACCAAAGGUGCCAGGUUGCAAAAUAUGCGCCAUGAAUGCAAGCGCGAUAGCAAGCAUAUUCAGACAUCAAGUCUCCCAAGAACAAUUGCUUCUUACAGCUUGCAAUCAUACAAGUGAUGGUCGCUUGAUAUGGGAAGAUGAGUGGGAGGAGAAGAGGAAGGAUGGUGAGAGUAUUCUGGACCACAACAAAACGUGGAUAAUCCUACCAAAGAAAGGUGUUUACCUGGUCUACGUACAAGUUAAUUUCAAUCUCCAGCCACAGAAAUAUAGAAACUCUGAGGUCGAAGUCAAAUUUCAAGUGGAUUUUGAUGAUGGUGAUGGUGAAGAAAUAUUUUCAGCCACACACGACACUCGCGUGGUGAACGAAAACUACCAAGAUGCAAUGCUCAACACUUUUCUUCUGAUGCACAUGGACAAACCGUCCAACCGGUUAUCUGUGAGAGCAUUUCCAAGUGAUCAGCUGAACUACCAGCCACGACCCUUCUCCACCUUCAUCACUAUCGUUAAAUGGGCAGAAAACUAGUAGAGUGUGGAUCGUGGGCGACAAAUAUUACGUAAAUGAUUGUCUGUACACAUGCCCACGUUAUGCAAUGGCAGCUGUUCUUGUAUUCCCGUUCACUUUAAGUGUGGCAUUUGGAUAGGACGCGCUCUCAGAAUCAGCUGCUAGAACACCUGAGAUUUUCCAGCUAUUGUACUAGGAAACGCUCGCUGACAUUAACAAGGAUUGCGUGGGGGUUGUGAUACUUUCUUGGUGUUUUUCUUCUUCCUUUCGAAAUAUGAAGAUCACAUCUCAUGAUCUUCUCAGAAGCAUGACACAUUUUCCUCUCAACAGACAUAUGAGUUAGGUUUGUUUUGUUUCAGUUUUUUAUGACUCAGUAUGAAAAAAGGGCAUCAUAUACUGUUCAUGAGCACUGACUUUGAAGAUCCUCAUGUAUUACACACAUAAAGGAUGUCAGCUGCCUGUAAACAAAUGCUGUUCUGCAAAACAGAAGUAGUAAGCUAAUUCUGAACAUGUUUGUCAAUGACCUGAUUUUUCGUGUUUAUAUAAUCAUAGUGUUUUAAUCAUCGACAGCUGAAUGUACUUGAAAACCCUUGUAACACCCUGUCUUUGUUCGAGACCACUUUAGUGUUUCAUUUCAAAGCUCAGCAUGUCAUACAAAAGCUAGGACUGUGGAACAACACUUUCAAGUGUAAAUAUAAGCUUUUAAGACAUGAAAUCAUUGUUUUAAUUUAAAGAAAGAUGUAAUAUUCGUGCACCAGAGUUCUUGAUCUAAUGUGUGAAGCCGUAAGCAGAUUUGUCAAGCCACAAAAGUGUUUGCUUGCUCAUGAAUGUAAUGGAAAGGUUUUCUAAUGGGGGUGGUGAAUGUCUAGGAGUGGUGGUUGGGUUUUUUUUCCACAAAAUAUAACCACUAGUUGCAAUAGUAGCAAACAGUUUUUUACGUCAGGUAUUCGUCAUUUGUGAUCACUCAUAGUUUUGGAAAUCAAUAACUCAAUCCAGCUAGCAACUUUUGUUUAAACCUUACUUAAUUUAAUCCCUUCUUUUUCUCCAGGUUUUCUGUUCAUUCUUGAGUCCUGUGUUCUUUCCCAGAUACUGUAGGCCCUUAUGCUUGCGUUUAUACUAACAAUGUCAUUUUUGAUGCGAAAGGAUUUCAGUUUACUACGUUUAUUUUACUGUUCUCAAAUAUAUAAAAACCUUAUAUUUAUAUGUAAUUUGUAAUAUUUCUAUUUAAGCUACUUAU